UUUUUCAUUGUUCCUCAGAUCGCGCAAUAAACGAGGGGCGCUAUAAUGAGCCAACUAAUCUCGAGACGGAUUAAAUUGACCGAUCGAGAGUGUAUUCGCGCAUCAUGUGCCUGUGUGUGUGUGUGUGUGUGUGUGUGCGUGCACAAGCUAUUAUUAUUCCGAUAAGAAAGCUGUAUACUCGGCAAGAGGCCGAUAACAAUCGCGGAGCUACAACGAGUCCAAGAUAAAAGAGAAUUUGUGCGGUGGAUUUGAUUCAAUUGAAUUGCCGAAAUAAUACUAUAUACGUAUAAUCAAGACCAAGUAUCGUUAAAGGAAUCCGGUGAGAUGUCGCGGGUGGUGCGCGGCACCGAAUCGAACUACUAGAAGCAUCAUAUAAUGCGAUAAGUACCGACGGCGCAAAGCUCGAUGGCUCUCUUUCUUUAUCGCAAUAAUAAGUAGUAUAUGCGUAUAUACACACGUACACAAAGCACAAGAGAGCGCCCAGUAGAGACAGUAGCCAUCAGAGAGAGAGAGAGAGCAAGAGAGAUGGAGCAUUAAGUAGAUGUUGUUCGCCGUCGUCGUUAUCGCGCGCGGACCGCUGCCUGCUGUAGUGAAAACGUAGACGUCAGUAGGAGCCCGGAGUGUGUGUACUGUGUACAUUGCAAGUGCCUGUGUGCAGUGUGCUGCUGCUGCCCUGCUGUGAUUUCGAAUGUACGCGCAGCGAUCUCCGCCGCGGAGGAAGAAGCCUCGUAUGCGCUCUAAGCUGCUGCUGCAGCCGCGGACUCGGUAAUUUCGUUAAUCGCACAUGCGGCGGUCUCCGGAUAACGAUAAGCGAGAAGAAGAGAAGCGACAUCAACUCAUCGGCUGCCGACCGUCGUUGUCGUCGUCGCCGCCGUGGUCCCUGUAGGAUAUCUCGUCGCGUCCGAAGAGGCAUAAGAAAGAGAGCAUGUUCAAGAGGGAGCGAGCCGCCCCCAGGUAUAAUCGGCCCAUCUCGAGACCACUGCUGCUGCUACUACUACUACUACUACCGUCGGCGCAGCUACCGCUGCAGCUUCCUCUUUUCAUUCUUCUCUAAUAUAGCCCCCUCGCUCUCCCACGCUGCUGCUGUGUGUGUGUGCGUGUGUGCGUGUGUGCUGCUCUGCCGCCGCUUCUCUGUAUACUGUACUCGCAUAUAUAUAUAUAGGUACUCUAAAAAACGCGCCGCGCGAGAGGGAGCGAGAGCAAGAGAGUUGUUUGCGUGUCGUCGAGUUCCCUCCUUGUGAACUGCACACUGCGUGUGUAUCCGUUUAACUCUCAGUCGGACUCUCUCUCUCUCUCUCUCUCUGUGUCUGCGUGCGCUGUGUGCUGAGAGUGCGCAUUCGCUCUGGUGCUGGUGCGUAUAGCUAACUAGGGAAGAGGGAACGUCGCCGGCGACGAGAGGACGCGCGCGACGAUGCGCCCGGAGGCCCGUUCGCUGCUGCAGAGCCAUUGACAGCAGCUAUAUCUGAGCGGAUGAUGCGAACCAUCGAAUCUUCCACUGUGACGGCCUGCUGCAGCUAUCAUGUAUUUCGAGGAUCCCCUCCAAGAGCGUCAAGUAACAAGCAUGAACAAGUCUGUAGAAAAUUUAUUGAUAUCCAGCCACGAAGUAAUCAGUAGCAUUAAUUCUUCGUCGCUGGCCAGCCAGAGUUCAUCCAAUAACCUGGCCAAUGGCUCUUACAGCGACUCCAUGCAGGAUGCUAACUCAGGCGGGGACAACGAAAGAUCAAGUCCCAUCCCAAGUCCAAAUCUCUCUCCCAAGCCAAGUCCGCAAUUUUGCAGCAGAAAAGAUCACAAGGAUCACAAGGAUCACAAGGAUCACAAGGAUCACAAGGACAAGUCCCACAAAGAGGACAAAUCUCACAAGGAGGACAAGUCCCAUAAAGAUGAUAAGUCCCAUAAAGAUGAUAAAGACCACAAAGAUCACAAAGAGCACAAGUCUCACAAGGAUGAUAAAGAUCACAAGGAUCACAAGUCUCAUAAAGAUGAUAAAGAUCACUCUUCCAAAGCUAGUUCAGAUAACCAGAAGGAUUCCUAUAAUUUGUGCAAACUGAGUGACCAGCAAAUUCAGGAAAUCACAAGCCGUUCUUCAGAUUCAGCGGAAGUUAGUAAACAUUCUGCUCCUGAUGGAAGAAAAGAAGCAAGGGGUAGUGAUCGUAGUAAGAAAAAAUCUUGGUAUUCCAAUAUACUUUAUCCAACAUAUAAAUCACGGUCUGAUAAUUUCAAAAGAAUCUUCAAAGAUGUGCCAGAUGAAGAGAGACUUGUUGUUGAUUAUUCAUGUGCUUUGCAAAGAGAAAUUCUAGUACAUGGAAGACUAUACGUUUCUCAAAACUAUGUAUGUUUCUAUGCUAAUAUUUUCAUGUGGGAAACACUUGUUUCACUACGCUGGAAAGAUGUAACGUCAAUUACCAAAGAAAAAACAGCCCUCGUUAUUCCAAAUGCUAUAUUAAUUUCUACUGCCACAGACAAAUUUUUUCUCACAUCUUUUGGUUCAAGGGACAAAACGUUUAUGAUGUUAUUUAAAGUUUGGCAAAAUGCUCUAAUGGGCCAGUCAAUGAGUAUGACUGAAAUGUGGCAGCUAGUCCACGAUUGUUAUGGGGAAGAGUUGGGUUUGACAUCCGAUGAUGAAGACUAUGUUUCACGUUCUCUAACAGUUCCAGAAGAGAAGCUAUCUACACGUUUAUCAUUGGACUCAUUUUCAGAGGGAGAUAUUAAAGUUGAAAAUCCUGUGUCAUCUGAUGCGCUUGCUGAAUCCCCACUAACACAAUCAUCUCCGUUGCAUUCAGUUGCUGGUACAAGACCAGAAGGUUCCAACGAUCCAACAGAUCUUAGCUAUUCCAGUGAAAGUGAAGCAGAAAAAGAACCAUUGGUUCGAAUAGGUUUGAGAAGUACAGCAGUAUGUACUGGAUCGCACGAUGGGCGACCAUUGAUAAAAGCUACUUUGCCAAUACAUAUAGAUCGAUUGUUUACACUUCUUUUUACAAAUUCCAAGUUCUUCCUAGAUUUUCAUACUGCUCGUAAAACAACAGAUUUGAUUCAACCUGCUUGGACAGAAGACAGUACAACAGGACAAAAGUUGCGAACAGUUUCUUUGACUGUUUCACUAACUCAAGCGGUUGGUCCCAAAUCUUCACAAGUUACAGAAACACAGGUAAUGCUUCCAUGUAGUACACCAGGUCACCUUUACUGCCUUGAUGUAGAAACUACAAAUUGUGGAAUACCAUACGCUGAUUCAUUCAGUGUUUUUUCACAUUAUUGUUUGACAAGCGUUUCUGAGAAUGAGUCAACUUUUGCAGUUUUUUCUGAAAUAAGGUACAAGAAAAAUGUGUGGGGUAUUGUUAAAAGCUUUAUAGAAAAAAAUUGUUGGGCCAGUAUGGAAGAAUAUUUCAAUAGUUUAAUAAAAGCCUUAGCAGUCGAGUGCGAAGAGAGUGGUGCAGGUGCAGGAGGUCUAAAAAGAAAAACCAGGCGCCGCAGACGCGUCACGGCUACUGGUGUUACCAUACAGACUCAUUCCCCUGACCACACAGCCUUUAAUCAUCAGUCGCCUGUUGUGGAGCUGCCUCAUAGAAGUACUGUUAAUGCUACAGAUUUACGAGGCGAAAGCAGUGCUAUGAUAACUUGGAUACUACUAGUAGCAGUACUAGGUUUAAUGAUCAUUAAUGGUCUACUCUAUUACAAAUUGUGGAGUUUAGAAGAAGCUGCCACUUAUACAAUAAUGGAUUUACAUGUUUUAAAGAAUACACCGAAAACUGAAGAAGAUUGGAUCAAUUUACUUCAACAGCAAGAAAGCUUACAUAAUGUAGAAAUUAAAAAGUGGCAAAGGGUAUUGAGUACAGCUGCACAACUACUUAGACAGACCGAAGAAUCAUUGACGCAACUACAGAUGAGUAUUCAUCCAACAACGACUGAAAAAAUGUUCUCAGUAUUAAAACCAGGAUUGAAAACUCAUAAUUCGCAAAAUGAACAGCGUCGUGAUCAAGAACUGUGAAUGAGCUUUUACGAGCUUUCAUGAUAAUGAAUAUUUUUAAAACCUGCUCAAGGCUGUGUUUCCUAUACAUUUGAAUUAUCAAAAUUUGUUUUCUCAUUUCCUUUAAUAGACAGUGCAAUAGAUCGUUUCACGAGUCAAGAUAAAAUUCCAAAAAUAUGUUAAUAGGUUCAAGAGCCUUGAAAUAUUGUUACAUUGAUUACUUAAUUUCUUAACUUCAAUAAGAAUGAUCUAGUGUAUCGAAAAUUCGUUUUCGAAUUUUACAAAAGUUUUUAUUAUAUUUUUGUAGCAUAAAAGUUUUAUUGUAAAAUAUUGAAAUUUUAUCAUUCUGAAGUAAGUCACUAGAAAAUGUAUUAGUUUCAUUUUUUUUUCUAGGAUUUGUAUAAUCAAAUUUCAUAAAUUUUUUAUCUUUAUUAUCUAUGAUUAGCAUUAUCAAAACUUAUUUUAAAACUAGGUCAAAAAACAAAAAUAUAAAAAUAAGGUUUUGCUUUAUAAUAAAAAAAUUAUUGAUAUAAUAUGUGAUUAUUAUGUAUAGUUAAGAAUUUUCACUUAUAUUAGAUAUUUCUUUUUGAAAGUAAGAAAUAAAUUAAAAUAUUGAGUUUUAGAAUAUGGCUUCACUCUUGUGGUAGCGAACGAGCUUUUUACUACGAUAUAUUAUUAUUUUCCAAUCUGUUGUAGAAAAAUGAACACAUAAGGCGAUUGUAAAGAAUUAAUUUUAAUGUUAUCGCACAUUUACCUACUGUUAUUAAGUCUUGUGAAUAUUAAUUUAUUAGGAAUUUACUAUUAGGGUGUUAAAGUUGCCGUGUAUAAUGUUUAAUAGAAAGUUAAAGUAUUGUAGGAUAAUAAAUACGCGUACAUGUUACAUACUCGACGGUCUCAAAUUGUGGCCAAUUGAUUUAGAUACAUUGUAACUGAGUUUAUACUGGGAUUUCCAGUUUAGAAAUAUUUUUUUGAACUUUAAUAAAAUACAAAUUUUA